GAGAGAGAGAGAGGGGGAAAGAAACUGGAAGGAGGGGGUAAAAGGAGAGAGAUAGAGAGAGAAAAGAAGCAGCGAGUGGUGGCAGGUCUAUUAUUUUCCAUGUUACCACAGUAACUGUCAGCAUCAUCAUCAUCAUCUCCCUCACUACUCUAGUCUCGAAGAACGGUGAAGACUUUCUCUCUGUUCUUCUCUCUCUCUCUCUUUCUUGAAACUCUUCAAUGUGGUGGCGUCAAUAUGGCAACCCAGGUGGAGCAACGCGCUUCGAAUGGCGGCAUUAGCAGCGUGUCUUUGGAUAUAGACGAUGAUACCUUGAUAUCGAGGGCCGAAAGAAGACCUUUAACUCUUUCAAGAUGCCGCAAUUUGUACCAAGCGCCGGAGUUUGUACAGCGCCUCACCGGUGACGACUCUGUGUUGGAGAACAGCAUAGUUCGAUUCGAAUGCAGAGUGAAGGGCUUCCCGAAGCCGACAGUGAAAUGGUACAAAGAUGAAGAGAUCUUGGAACUUGAUGAUCGGAUAUCUGUGGAAGCGUUAGAGCAAGGAACCUUCGCCCUUGUCAUUGCUGAUGUGACCAAGAAAGAUGAAGCUACGUAUCGAUGUCGGAUCGAAAACAAUGAAGGUUCGAGUUCAAGCACGAUUUACCUCAGCGUUAAAGGAAAAAGCGGUUCGCGAAGCCCGAAACGGAGGAAAUCUUCGUCGCCAAAUCGUCGGAUUGUCUCUUACCCUUCUUUGUUUCCAACGAUCGAGGAGAAAAUAGUUGAAGAAGAGAAAGAAGAAGAAGAAGUCAAAAACCAGCAACCCUCGCCGCUGAGCAAAUUGUACGAGGGCAACAAGCUACGAAGUAGACACACGUGGCCAAAAUUUGUAGGGGAUUGGGCUUUUGCAAACGACGAAGAAGAUUCAGAUGCAAAAGGCCAAAUAAAAUCAUGGAUCCCAUUGAGGUGGAAUGAGCCCCAAAGUGGGUCUUGCCGGGCAUCAGUAGGGCGGGACUCGGCCUGGCUUAUACCAGCUGUUACAUGGACCCAGUAGACCCACCAUCACCUGAAAGUGGUUUAUAGCAAGACUUAUACAAUAUAACAAAGCAUACAUUCUUAAAACACAAAACCGAUAACAAACUGCAACGCUCAGCUUUAAACGUCUGCCAAGUCCUCACAGCCAGUUCCUCUUUUUUCUACCUUCCACUUCCAAGUCUUCAGAUUUGGUUAAAUUCCUUGACCAAGACUUUUUGUUUUACUACCAUCUUUGAUGUAAGUGGCAGAGACAUUAUUUAAUGCACGUCAGUUUUCUGAUGAUGGAAUUAUCCACAAUUUUGUCACCUUUGUUUUGCCUCUAACAGCCUAAUCAUUAAAUUUCCUGAGUGAAAUUAA